GAUGCUUGACUGUGUACACUAUCGAUUUGCUAUCGUGAAAAUAAACGUUGUGAAGAUGUUAGAAAAAUGUACACGUAAAGAUUUGAUUGUUGAAGAGAGGUAAUGGAGUUUUGUCGUUGUGUGCGAUGAAACAGAGACGUAAUUUAAGACACCGCUAGCUCUCAGUAGCUAGUGUGUUAGCGAUAGUUAGCCACAGGCAGCGUCGGGCUGUCGUGAACGUAGCUAGCUUAGCUCUGCUAGGUGUUGUAGCUAAAAACACCAGAUGAAACGUUAACAGUAGCGGUAAUUUUUAGGCUAUGUCAUAUAGACUAUAUAAUGUGUUGUGCGUCUCAUAGAUGAACUCUAGCAUAGCAUUGAACUUGAUAAAAUAAACUGUAGCUGUAAAUUUGGAACGACUAACUGGAUUAGUCAAACUGGGAGGAUGGAGAGUCACCAUGGAUUUGUGAUGUUACUGGGUGCUCUGUUUCCUUUGUUGGCAUUGCCUUCAGAAGGUGCACCAACUCCUGAUUCUGAAACAGGGGAGUCAAUUGCUGAGGGCUAUGUCUCUUUGAGUCUCCCUCUGGCUGUAUCUCUGAGCGCGUUGAUAGCCAUUGUUGUUCUGCUGCUAAACUGUGUGACCUGCUGCAAGGAGCGAGAGAUCAAUUUUAAGGAGUUUGAGGACAACUUUGAGGAUGAGAUCGAUUUCACGCCGCCAGCCGAGGACACGCCCUCCAUGCAGUCUCCUGCUGAGGUGUACACGUUGGCCGUGCCUCCCGUGGCUCUACCUGGCCCUCCGCACCUCCAGCUGCCUCAUAUGGCCGACAGCUCCGCAGGCUCACAUGUGCCCCGUCACACUCUCAGCUACAUUCAGGAGAUUGGAAAUGGCUGGUUUGGCAAGGUUCUGCUCAGUGAGAUCUACUCAGAGCCUGGAGCUGCCAGAGUGGUGGUUAAAGAACUUAAAGCUAGUGCUAGCUCUAAGGAGCAGAAUGAGUUCCUACAGCAGGGAGACCCAUACAGGGUUCUUCAGCACCCAAAUAUCCUUCACUGUUUGGGUCAGUGUGUGGAGGCCAUUCCAUUCCUACUGGUCUUUGAAUAUUGUGAGCUGGGGGACCUGAAAAGUUAUGUGGCCCAGCAGGACUGGCUAUACAGGAACACUGAGCUGCUGCAGCUCCAGAAGAUGGCAUGUGAAAUUGCUGCAGGGGUUACCCAUCUCCACAAACACAACUUCCUACAUAGUGACUUAGCACUGAGGAACUGCUAUCUAACUUCAGACAUGACCAUCAAAGUGGGAGACUAUGGAAUUGGACCCUCUAGAUUUAAAGAUGAUUACAUCACUACAGAGGAAGAUAAGUGGGUUCCUCUGCGCUGGCUGGCCCCUGAACUGGUGGGUGAACUUCAUGGUGGCGUGAUCACAGCUGAGCAAACCAAACCCAGCAAUGUGUGGGCACUGGGUGUGACUCUUUGGGAGCUUUUUGAGAAGGCAACCCAACCUUAUUCACACCUGUCAGACAGAGAGGUACUCAACCAUGUGAUCAGAGAUCAACAGAUCAAACUCUUCAAACCCCAGCUGGAUCUACCCUAUUCUGAAAGAUGGUAUGAAGUUCUGCAGUUUUGCUGGCUGCCCCCUGACAAGAGGGCCACAGCAGAGGAGGUACACCGCCUGCUGACCUAUCUCAGAAUGCAGGGUCAGAAAGAGAUGGAAGAUGACUUUGAGCAGCGCUGGAACUCCCUCAAGCCAAAUCCCACUGCCCGGCAAGCCACAGUCAGCCACUCGUCUUUCCCAAUCCUAGAACAGUUUGACGAUGGACGGGAACCAGAUGAGGUGCUAACGGUGACUGAGAGCAGUCGUGGUCUCAGCUUUGAGUAUGUGUGGGAGGCAGCCAAACAUGACCACUACGACAACCACAAUCGCUCACCAAUGGACACUACACUGAAUUACCACAGCAUGUUCUUCCCAGUGCCUCGGCAGGAUACUGCUACUCGUUUUACUGAGUCGGUAGGUCAGCGGCAGGCUGACAGCGGUAACUUUUCGACUGGAGUCCCAGGCAUCCUGCCAGUGUUUGACGCCCAUAAGGCAGCCUCUGGGAAUGAAUACUACAUUCAGCUUGAGGAACAGGAGGAGAGCGAUUUGGGUGGGAUGGAGAGCCAAGGUGCUGAGGGGAGCACCACAUCAGAAAAGCAACAGUUUGUUGUCCUAGAGGAUAUCCGACUGGAUGAAUCCAGCACGGAUGCAGAUUUCUUCCAUCGUAGCAUAGAUUCUAAAGACUCCUUCCUCCAGGACAGCCAUGUGUGGUCAUCUAGUGAGCAUGAGAGUCCUUAUCAUACAAACAUUUUCAGUGAGGGUGAUUCAAAACUAGAGGACUCACAUUCUUGGAGACAGAGUUUCAUGGAGCUCCCUAAACUCAAAAGAGAUGAUUUUCAAAAAAGUGAAUCAUUAAAUGGGGAAAUUAAAAGCCCAGAAAGAAGUGAAAGUGGUUCUUUUUUAGGGGAACAUCAAGAGGCCAUUCAUCUGGGAGAGGAGAGCCCAGAUGUAAUGAGGCUUCUUAACACUGAGAAACUGACUGACAAUUUCAUGUUCCUCAAAGAAAACAAUCUAAUGAAGGAGGACCCUGAUUUUUUAGGGACUGAGUUCAGCAACAUCCCAGAACAACAAAACUCAACACUGAAUCCUUUUAGUGAUGAAGUCUCAGAAAUGGUUAAUGUAACUGAGGGUACCCUAAACUCAGAGGAGGAUCCUGUCCAACUAAAAGAGGAUUUCUUGAACUUGGUGGAUCCAAUUUUGGAUUUCUUAUCACCAAAAGGAAAUGAAACAUUGGUGCCUUCAGACAUAUUCAGUACAGGAGAAACCUGUAGCAACCAGCUACCAGUUAGAAAUGGUUCUUCCAAUAAAGAAUGCAUUCAGUUACAUUCUUCUGAAGCUGGGAUUGAUUCUAUUCCUGAAUCUACCUCUGAGAGCGCUGAGGGCCGUGUUGUUAGUUCAACUAAUAGUCACCAGUCCUCUGUGCUCCUUGACAGUGCCACUACAAACAUUUUGUGCACAGAUGCCAAAACCCCUAGCCUUGAAGAUAGCCUUGGAUCCUCCAAGGAUAACGAGCAGUACAUGACAAAUGUAGAAAAUCAGAAAAGCCUUGAGACUUCACUGACACUUGAGAGUAAGGUUGUUUUUGACAAUAGCUUAACUGAGAGCCCAACAAUUAAGAUCUCGGUGAGUGACAUGCUUUCAGACUCGGAGAAAGAUAGGACUCUUGAUGAGAUUCAACCACCCGAUGACCCUGAUCAGAAGGAGUCCCCAGUGGACAGCACUGUAUCUCAGGACAGGUCAUCUUUGUUGAUCUCAGAUCCAUGUCCAGAUCAAAUCAGUCAGGACAGCCUCCUAGAGGACAGCCUUUCAUCCACUCUGCCCACCAUUGAAAAUUCUGCAGAGACACCUGAUUCUCUGGACUCUCUGGACAUACAUAGAGACGUGGACCAAGUAGAAACCCUGGACACCCCAGCCCUUCAUAAGCUCCAGCCACCUUACAAAACAGCCGACAGUGGAUAUGAAACUGAGAACCUUGAGUCACCAGAGUGGAACUCUCAACCCAGCAUCAAAGAUGCAUCUCCAGAGAACGAUGAAACAAAUGCUUCCAAGGUGCCAGAUGCUGUUGUGCUGGUUCCUCCAGAAAUUAUUGUGUCAGAGGCGGAUCCUCAUGAAAAUGUGGAUGAAGAUGAUCAUCAGCAAGGUCUUGCUGAGGAUGUGCCUGCUGGUGGGAGCUACAGAGACUCUGCUUACUUCUCUGAUAAUGAAGAACCAGAGAAGAGAUCUGAGGACAUCAGUAAUGGACAUAUUUCUGACACCUCGCCUUGGCCUAAUGCAGAUGGCAGUCGUGCUAAUGGAGAUGUUUUUGCACUCCCAGAGGUUCAUAAUGAGCUUACUGAGUCUGGUGCUCAGAUGGAAACCUCUGGUAUUUCUGAGGUAAUACCUGAUCUUGAUAGAGGGACAUCAGAAGGAAAUGGUCUCCAGGAAUUUGUCCUGACCACAGAGGAAAAACAGAGUAAAGAUAAGCCACUGUCUACUGAUGGCUCAAAGGAUGAGAAAUUAGAGGUUUCCUUUGACUUGUUAUCUGGUGAAUCUGAAUCAAGUACUGUCCAGGAAUCUCUAGAAACAUCUGCUACCUCAGCAAAACCUUCAACAGAUAGCAAGGUCCAUGCAAAACUCACAAGAAUGUAUGCUGGAGAGGGCCCCAAGAGAAAAGAGCCUGACAUGGAAGGUAGAUAUCUAGGCAAACUAGAUGGGACUGUUGUGGAAGAUGGACCAGAAGAUGGCAUGGAUGCAGAUGAGGAGGAUGAGAAUAGUGAUGACUCUGAUGAGGACAUGCGCGCCUAUCGGCUACACAGUGACAGCUCUGAAAGCGAAGAUGACACUGUGCAUCCAGUCCCUGUGAUUGUGUCAGACAACAGUGAUGCGUGUAACCUCAAAAGCCUGCUGAAACCCAAGUCCCUCCAGACAGCCAAAGCCUCCCCAACAGGGGGCAGUGAUGGAGAAAACAGUAAAAGAGGAGUCUCCUUCUUUGAUGACGUCACUGUAUAUCUCUUUGACCAGGAAACACCUACAAAAGAACUUGGGGACCAUAGUCUGGGUUCCAACAGCCAGGUGUCAGAGUUCAGCAGUCCAGUGCCCUCCUCCAGCUAUCUUAAUAGAUUCACCAACUCUGAAAGCUCAACAGAUGAAGAAGGUGGUGCUUUUGAGUGGGACGAUGACUUCCCUUCAGAACCCUCCUUCCUCUCCAAAGCAGGUAGUGACACUUCAGUGAACAGGACUCCACCCUCUUCAGCCUCACGCUACUUCUCCCCACCUCCUGCCAACCGUACCCAUGAGCAGAGCUGGACAAGCACCUCCUCCUACUCCCGUUUCUCCAUCUCCCCAGCUAGCAUCGCCAGCUUCUCCCUCACGCACCUCACAGACUCUGACAUUGAUCAAGGAGGAAGCAGUGAAGAUGGAGAAAAGGAUUAAGAGGUAGCUGGAGAGGUAAUACAUCCUCUCUUGGGUGAUUUAAUCAACCUGGAGACACAUCUUUGUGAAUGUAGGACAGACACUUGAUUGCUUUUCUCAGGCAGCAUUGCGAUUUCAAUGAAAAGGACUUUGUAUCUAUGUAUGUAUGAAGACUGAGCCUUUGGCUCAAACCACCCUCGAGCCCAUUCUUUGUUCCCUUUCAUGAACUUUUGAAUGAACUUUUGACAAGACUGGCAGUGGUCAAGCCUCAGAGCAGUCACCAUUUACUACAUUUUGCAUCAUUUUAUAUUUUUUUUUUCCUUUUGUGCAAUUCAGAGAGGAUGGAUCUCACGUCACGUUGGCUUUAAAACUGUCAGGCGCUUUCCAUGUGUCUUGGCUCUUAUUUCUGUGCUCUUGCUAAAUGCACGCUCUUCUCUUGGGAAUUUCUGCUCACACUGUAUUGAAUUCUGCUCUAAAAUGACAACAGACAUAAGCUCUUCUGCAUUUGUCAGAUUCAAAAAGAAGACUCUUCUCGUAAACAUUUUCAGCCAAUGGGCUCACACUCACUCGUGCAGUUUUUUGAUAUUGUUUGAUAGUUGCCUUUUUUAUUUAAACAUCUGGCUUGAACUUGUCAAGCUUGUGAAAUCUGGUGUGACACACGUCAUUGUCUGAACUAACAAUGAAAUGAGAGCAGCUUUCAUCUCAGCACGUCUCCUCUUGGUUUUCUUGAAUUUGUUUUCCAGACGCGAGAUGCUUUCUUGAAGUCUCGGUUUGGUCUUUUUACGUGUAACUGGAAACUGGAGUUUAUUGGAAUUUAGAAAGUAAACGGCUCUUUCUCUGUCAAACAGCUGUCAGAUCUUUGACUAUAGUAUUUAUGAAGGCAAACAGUGUCACAUACUGAGAGGUGAAUGGUUAUGAGAUCAUCAACCUUGUAGUUCAGAUCAAAUCCAUGUGUGUGUGUGUAAAAUCAGUUUGUGGCAUUAGUUCAUGGCUUUUUAUAUUGUUAAAACACAUCGUAGUAUAUGACACACUAAAAAUAGGAAGUAAGUGAUUUGCAAAGAGAUAAAUGCUUAGUUAUUCCGAAAUUACUGUUUUGCUGAACUUGCCUCCCUGGCAGAGGAGACACCUUAAGAUUUUACACUUAAAUCUUUCUGAAAAUACCUUUUUAAGCCAGUGGCAGUGAUGCAAACUGAGAUUAUCUUCCAAAGUUGAUUGUUUGAGUCCAGGUUCUUUGAAUUUUCUUGACCUAUUUGAGUUUAUUGUAAAACAUAGGAUGGUCUGGUAUCUUUGUCAGAGUACAAUACACAUUGCUGUGGGCUUCAUCAGGCAUUCAUUUUGUGCAAUGAAAUAUUGAGGUUAUAAAUAUAGGGAAGGAUCUGUGUGAUUGUGGUGAUGUUUAUGUGCAUUGGUUUACAGUGCAGGGACUGUAAGAGAAAGUCACUUGGACCUAAAGGACAACUCCAGUGUUGGCUGUUGCAGUCAAAAUGAGGAAAUGUCAAUAAGUCAUUUGGAAUCACCUUUGUCCUCUAUUCCUUUUUUCUCCAAAUAUUAACACUUUAGAAGCAUUUAAACAUUUCAGGGCUUAGGAUUUUCUGUCUCAUUUCAGGAGGCAUUUGACUCAGAGGUUUUUGUUAUUUUAAACGUUUCUGAAUGGCCAAUUUAUUUACAGCUUCAAAUGUCGUUUGCAUAGAUACCCACUAGUAUAGAUACUUUGUAUGAAGAUCACAUAAAAUGUCAUUUCCAUAGAUAUGUAAUGGUUGACAUUAUCUGUAUGAAGAUCAGUUUGUGUAUAUAAGUUGGGAUUCAGUCAAAAAGAAGAAAAAAUACAAGAUCACCAAGAUGAGCUAUUUGAUGUCUUAAAAUAUCCUCUCCUUGUCCAACCAUAAAAAAUUAGUUUAUAUUUUGAUUUAGCUUUCUCAUGGUUGUGUUGUGGAGAUAUUUUGAGAAUUUAUUUUUAAUGGGAUAUCUUUUUGAUCAUCAGGUUCAUAAAGGCCCUUUCUCAAGUGCUGUCAGAUCUGUAUUUUAGAUUAGCAAAAUGUGUCUAACCAGCACUAUCUUUCAGUUGAAGUUUAUAUUUUAUUUAAGGAAAAUUCCUGUUUUAUUCUACAGUAUGUACUCAUUUGCUUAAUCUUGCACAUCUGAGAAGUGUAACUUCAUGUUGAACUCUACUGAUGUAUAUAAAUGUUUAAUUUUGUCUGUAAAUGGGGAAUAAUGUAAGUUCUAGGUAUGAAAUUUCAUUUUGUAAUUUAAAGCAAAUCUAAAACACUACAUAUCACAGUUUAAAAUAUCACUGAUAAAGAGAAAAAAGCUAAAGUAAUGGUAUAAACAGUUGAAAAAAAUGCAGGUCAUCCUGUCCUCAUAACUUGUAAAUUUUAAAAAUUGUGGUAUUUUUACUUCAUAUUGAUGAUCAUGCUUAGUGUAAUUGAUUGAAUUGUUUAUAAUUAAUUACACUGUUU